UGUGGAGAGGAGAAGGACAGCAGCGGCAGUGCAGAAAGGGGAGCAGCAGUGCGCUGGUGAAAAAAAAAAAAAAAGGACAGAGAAACGCAAAACUAACAAUGAAAACGACGAAUGAACGCGUUGCAGUUCACCAGUAACGAAACUAGUCUUUUUAUAUUGAAGUCAAUGACGUAAAACCGUUGAAACGAGUGAUUUAAAGGUUAGCAGCUGGCUAAAGCGAGACAGGGCUGUGUCAUUGAGAAGGCAGGACACGUCAAGAGGAGGAAGGGAAAAACAGACACUCCUGGCUGUCGGAUUAAAGAUCCCCAGGUUAAAAUAUCACAUCAUCAGUUUAUAUCAGGCUCUGCAUUAGUUUUUCGCUGUGAUAACUGGAACGAGUCUCAGUCAUCGCUUGGAUCAGCCCAUAAGGAGAUAGGAAGCAAGACUAACUUUUGGAGCCAGGUUGAACUGGAGAACAUAAAUGGGGGAUUACGGGUUUGGAGUCUUGGUGCAAAACAACGCUGGCAACAAGUCUGCUUUCCCUGUACGAAUUCACCCACACCUGCAACCACCACACCACCACCAAAAUGCGACUGCAAACCCCGCUGCUUUUAUAAACAGCACCCCGGCUGGGAAUGGCAGCAGCAGUGGCUCGACUUGGCUCUUCCCGGCAGCCACGGCUCACAACAACAUGCAAGAUGAAAUCCUGGGCUUGGAGAAGCCCAAAACCCAGCAACAGGAGCUGCAAGAGACUCCACAGAAGCAGCAGCUCUCCCCAGGCCACCAGGAGAGCGGGAUCAUCUCAGAGCUCGAAAAGGCUCGAUCUGAAGAGAGUAAAGUUGAGAGCGGGUCGUCAGAGGGGACCAAUGGCAAGGAGAUGCUGCGUUUAGAGUCACCCGUGUUGACGCCCUUUGACUAUCAAGAGCCCUCGGGGCUGGGAACGGCCGCCCAGUCCAGCACCUCCUCUUCCCUGACCAGCUUCAACAACUGGUCGGCUGCUAUUCCCCCCACCCCCUCUACCAUCAUCAACGAGGACAUGGGCUUCUUCAACCCGGCGGCCUCGGCCAACAACGGCCCUCUGCUAUUCCAGAAUUUCUCCCACCAUGUCAGCCCAGGCUUUGGGGGCAACUUUUCCCCUCAGAUUGGUCCGAUCUCACAGCACCACCCACCUCACCCCCACUUCCAGCACCCUCACAGCCAGCACCAGCAGCAUCGUCGGUCCCCAGCAAGCCCCCACCAGCCGCCGUUCUCCCACCGCAGCGCCCCCUUUGGUCAGCUGCCGCAUAUCUCCAACAACCUGAGCAAGCCUCCCUCACCUUGGGGCAGCUACCAGAGUCCCUCGCCCUCUCCCUCUUCGACGUCCUGGAGUCCAGGUGGGGGUUACGCCGGUUGGGGUGGCUCCCAGGGACGUGAGUACCGCAGAGGCAUGAAUGGUGGCAUGACGCCUCUCAACUCCAUCUCCCCGCUCAAGAAGACCUUCCCCAACAACCACAUGCCUCAGCAGAAGUACUCCCGCACCAGCCCCGGCUUCAACCCCAAGUCCUGGAUGGAUGAGAGCAGAAGCGAGAACAUCUUCCCUUUCCAGGAUCGUCCUCGUUCAUUCGAUGGCUUCAACAUGCACUCGUUGGAGAACUCUCUGAUUGACAUCAUGAGGGCCGAGCAAGACACUCUGAAAGGUCGCCUCGGAUUCACCCAUCCAGGAGGAGACAGCCCUUUGCCCAUAAAUGCAAGGAAUUAUGGGAGGCGACGAGGACACUCAUCCCUGUUCCCCAUGGAAGAUGGCUUCCCAGAUGAGGAAAGAGCUGAUCAGGGUCUGCCCGGCCUCGGAUCCCCCCACUGCUUCCCUCACCAGAACGGAGAGAGGGUGGAGCGCUACUCUCGCAAAGUCUUUGUUGGUGGCCUCCCCCCUGACAUAGACGAAGAUGAGAUAACUGCUAGUUUUCGUCGCUUUGGGCACCUGUUUGUGGACUGGCCUCAUAAAGCAGAAAGCAAGUCAUACUUCCCCCCAAAAGGUUACGCGUUCCUCUUGUUUCAAGAUGAGAGCUCUGUUCAGGCUCUGAUUGAUGCCUGUAUUGAGGAGGAUGGAAAGCUCUACUUAUGUGUUUCCAGCCCCACCAUUAAAGACAAACCUGUCCAGAUUCGUCCGUGGAAUCUUAAUGAUAGUGAUUUUGUGAUGGAUGGAUCACAGCCCCUGGACCCCAGGAAGACUAUAUUUGUGGGCGGAGUGCCACGCCCGCUUCGUGCAGUUGAGCUGGCGAUGAUCAUGGACAGGCUGUAUGGCGGUGUGUGCUACGCAGGCAUCGACACAGACCCCGAGCUGAAGUACCCCAAGGGAGCAGGGCGGGUCGCCUUCUCUAAUCAGCAGAGCUACAUUGCUGCUAUCAGUGCUCGCUUUGUACAACUGCAGCAUGGAGAAAUCGAUAAACGGGUGGAAGUGAAGCCAUACGUCCUGGAUGACCAGCUGUGCGAUGAAUGUCAGGGGACUCGCUGCGGUGGCAAGUUCGCUCCUUUCUUCUGCGCUAAUGUGACCUGUCUCCAGUAUUACUGUGAAUACUGCUGGGCGGCUAUCCACUCGCGCGCUGGCCGGGAGUUUCACAAGCCCCUGGUGAAGGAGGGCGGCGACCGACCCCGCCACAUCUCCUUCCGCUGGAACUAAAGCUGAUAGGAAAGGAGAUAGAAAGAGAGAGAGUAGGGGGAGAGUAGGCUAGGAGUCGCCGCAAAAUCAUUAUCUAAAUAAAUGCACUUUUCUGUUGCUGGUUCCUUUUUAGUUUAAUUUUUUUUUUUAAAGAAACGACACCAACAAAAAAUAAAAUUAAUUUGUCAUUUAAUAUAUUUAAAAAAAAAAAAAAAAAAUGGAUGUGUAUCCAAAAAAAGAUUCAGGAAGAAAAUGUCUAAUCCAUCUCUCUAUUUUUUUAAAAACUCCAUUCUAUUUUAUUUUCAAGUGCACAGAGAUUUGAAUAUAUUGAGUAUUAGUAUAAUUUGUCAGUAAGUAUCUGCAUGACUUUUAGAAUUUACUUUUUUUUUUUUAACAUUGCAUUUGGAAGUAUUACAUCCUAUUUUAAUUGAAUCGAAAAAGGCGUGAAAUGAGAAAAGAAAAGGUGCGAGAAGAGUGAACUUGUUUCUUUGCAACCCAGAGUGCAGAUGUGGUCUAAGAUCUCAGUUGUUAACCAAAGCUUGGGAUUUGAUAACAGAAGAAGCUAAUUCUCUCAACGCUCUGUUUUUAUGUUGUUUGUAGUUUAAGACCAUGUUAAUUUUUGUUUCCUAACGACAACAACUGAUUUCACAACAGCUGUCUGGAUUUGAUCUCCAUUUUGCAAGACAUGCAAGAUAACUAAUACCUCAAGCUUAGCUGCUAGUUUAAGUCAUAUAUAUAUAUAUAUAUAUAUAUAUAUAUAUAUAAAAAGAAAAAAACAAGCUGGUCUCCCCCUUACCCCCUGGACCACAGAAAAGGUAAAGGACAUCAGCAAAAGGCAAAUUAAGAAAUUAUGCUCUGUAACUUCCUGAUUUAAUACUUAGAUUCCAACAAUGGUAGGGAAACGGCAUCCUAGUGGCGAAUGUAUAUUAUUAAAAUAGUCAGUAGUCUGCCUGCAAGCUGGUUCAAAUGCAAGGAACUUUUCGUCAUUUCUGGUCCAGCUUAGCUCGAAGCAACCGUCGUUCUCUCAGGCUGUCAGCAGCAAGCCUUUGUGUUUUCUUUCAACUCGCAAUAUGUCUCUCUUAAGCCUUUACCCAGCCCACAGACACCUAAAAACCCCAAAAGAUCUGCAUGUACAAGCAGAAAAACAGCGAAAGCUACUUUAAAGGGAUAGUUCACCUAAAAAUGUACGUGAGGGUUGAGUAAAUGACAGAAUUUUCAAUUUUGGGUGAGCUAUCCCUUUAAGAAAGGAAGAAUGAUCUAACAAUAUACCUCCUGUCCUGCAGCAGCCAUGCCCACUCAGCCUGAGUGUGAAGCAUAAGUAAAGGUAGUCCAUGCAUCGCUCUACUCACGUGCCCCCCCACCCCCCCCGAGACAUUAGAGGUUUUACUUUCAGACAUUAGGGAACCAAAGAUGGCUGUGUGCUAGCUAGUGAAACCACGGCUGUUUGCUUUUUCUUAUUUUUCUUCUUUUUUUUUUUUAAACCGCCCUUCAAAUGAAAACAGUUUCAUUUAGGUUUGUUAUUUUUGCCCCCAACCCUCUUCUCAUUCAAUUUAAAGACCAAAUGGGCUCCAGCAAACCAAAGAUUGGCCUUGAAUUGAUCAGCAUGCAGUUAAAUUCAUAGUAACACUAGUGAAAACCACUGAACCCAGUGUAUACCGGCCUUUUCGCAAGUCUACCUGCUUUUCCAAAGGUCAAACGAAGGCGUAUGUAGUUCAUCCAUCGGGUAUUGUCAAGGAGUUUAUGCCAGGCAUCAGGUUUUGCAAUGUCAAGUUUUAAACACUUGCAUCCAAUUCGGUAGAGCAUCUAAAUCUACUAGCGUAAAAGUCAGGGAGUUAGUGAUCAAUUAAGACUUGAUACACUAGAGAGAAAUGUAUCCUCGUGUUGGCUUGAUGGUGUUCUAUUGCACCCAUUCAGCACUACUAUCACUUGAGCUUGUGGGUGUGGUGAUUGAACAUUUUAGAAGUUAAACACUUUUUGAAGAAUUUGCUGUUAAUGAGAUGGCAGCAAAACAAAAAAAAAAAAAAAAAAAAAAAGAUUAUUUUAUACAUGGCCUGCUGAUUUUUGGUACAGUGUUUUCUAGCUAAAUUAUUUUGUCAUGCACAUAUAAACAUUUGUUAUGCACUACUUUUCUAAAUAUUUUUUUUUUUUUUUUCAACAGUCAUUUUAGGCACAUUUUUCACAAAUGGAAAAACUCCUUUUUGCAAUACCUCAAUUUUUCACAUGGUGAAAGGUAGCUUUUGUACUUUUGUUACUGAGAGAUCUGCAUAUAUGGAAAUUUUCAUUUUAAGAGAGAAAAAAAAGUUGAGUGACUUUAAUAUAUAUUAUUUUCAAUUAUGCUUUUUAUACAUUUCAGUGCUGAGGAAUAUUUACAGCUAAGCACGCACUUGUGUUGAUGCGACAAAUCUGCAGAGGAGUGAUCGGUGUAUUAUUGCUUAAGGUCUUGGCUCUUGUACACUAGAUUUUAAUGACAAAAAUAGAUUUCAAAGAUCUGACAGUAGCAUGGCAAGAACACGUUGUCAUUAAUGUUAAUAUUGCGAAAAACGGCUAAAGAUAAACUUGUCAUUUUGGUUUCCUCUCCAUAGCUGGAAUAUAAACUAUAGAAAUAUAUGGAGAAUGCUAAAUCUGGUUCAUGUUUAGGCUGAUCCUCGUAUCACAAGAAUGGAUGUUUGAUGUUUAGAUAUUUUACCAUUCGAAAAUAUAUAUUCUAGAACUGCCAACUAGUUCCUAUUGUAAUCCUUAGCAUGCAUGAUGAGAAAAAAAAAAAAACGUACAUUAAUUAGCUAUUGAAAUUAAUCGUUGUGGUUGUGCACCAGAUGUUUCUAAACUUUUAAUUUGUGAAGGCCACCCCACACCCUGCACCUUCCCUAUGUUAUUCUUGAUGCCUUCCCCAUAAUCCAGUAUGAAAAACAAAACAUGAAAUUCACGAGAAAAGAUGAAAAAUGCUAAACAUGAAAUUUGCAGUGCAGGACGAGAGCAUCAUCUUCUAGUACGCUGUUGAAAAGACUUGAGAACUUGAUCCCCACUGUCUGUUUGAAGUAAAAUCCAAACCUGUUUGUUCGGAGGAAGGGGAACUUGAGACUUGAAUGUGGUAAAUGUUGCAAGUUAACUUGGAGUUGUUAUGUGCAAUACUUUUUUUUUUUUUUUUUUUUUUUCUUCCUCAGAUAAAGACUCUUUGCAAUGUAAUUCUUUAAUGCCAUUUUUAAUUGCCGACAUUUAAAGAAGAUGUUAAUAUGUUUUUCACAGUCAUUUUCUACUGUUGUAAUCCUUUUCAUGCUGGUGUUUGUAAAAAAGAAAAGAAAUCAAACUAUUUGUACUAAUAUAAAUAAUUGAAGUUAUUUUUAAAACAUUAAAGGUUUUGUGCUCAUUUGCUUAUUUUGUUUAUUUCAAGCUACUGUGAUUGAUUGCAUUGUAAUUAUUAGGUCAACAAUGUAUUUAGCUGUUUAUUGGUAUAUUUUUAAUUGGAAUGUAUAAUUAAUUUUUAUAAUUUUGAUCAGAUUUUUGUUAUAUUUUUGAGGUGAAGCUUUUAAUAUGUUAAAGUGUCUAGUUUUUACUAAUUGCUAUAUUGUGCUCCACAAUAUAUGGUUCACAUUUUCUGAAGGAAAAUACAUAUUUAAAUAUCUGUCUGUUAAUGAUGUUACUUAAUGGCAAAAUUUCAAUAGUUUUUAACUGUGUAUGGGAAGGUUGUUGUAUUUAUAAAUAGCAUUUUUUACUUAAGAUAUCACCUUAAUUUUUAUUGUCAUUUCACUUUAUAAGUUCCUAUUUUUGUAUUUUUCUUUCUAAUUAAGUUAUGUUAUACGAAAAGUCCAUAUUCUAGGAGUUGGUCUGUAAGUGCUAGUGAAAUAAAAAUAAAAUCUAAUGUUAUUUAAUUGUUUGCAGCCAACUAUUUAUAACAAUAUGCAUAAUUUUUAAAUAUUUGUAAUGUGAAAUGUCGAAUGAAUAAAACUUAACUGUGACAAGA